AUGUCUUUGGAAAAUUAUGAGUCACCUUCGAAAGUUUCAGUGAAUACACAACGUUUGUCUCAAAUGAUUGACUCCCUUCAAAAUGAACACGAUGAAGAAGAACUAUUAAACUUAUCAAGACCAGCAAGCCAUUCUCCAACAAAGCAAAUUCCUAGGUCAACCCCACCUCAUAUAGACACAACCGCCGCCCUAUAUCCUCCAAGAAAUUCAGGUCUUUUAAGAUCACCUGGUGGGAACGUAUCUUUAGCUUCCAUGGACAAUAGAUCGAGUAUGAUUUCUAAUUAUUCUGGAGUUGUUCAUGAAGGUGUAGAGGUUUCAUAUGUGGUAAAAAGUCAAAUGAGCCCUUCUAGAGCCACCUCUAAUCACGAACCAACUAUACCAGAAUUGCCAUUGCUACCAAACAAGGAAGAUGGAACGGAAGCUAGUUCAACGGAUGAUGUUAUAAUUCGUUCUGUACCAAAUGCAAAACCUGUGGGUAGAUUUAAUUCUAGUUCAUCUUUAGGAAAUUCUCAAAAAGAAAGAUCAUCUCGUCAAGCUUCUGUGGUAAAGAAUCAAUCUUUGAAAUUACUCACUAGUCCCAAACGUGGGUUCUCAUCAAUUGGAUCUGGAAAUCUUGCUAGUGAAAGUGGUUCUUCAUAUUAUCAUAUUCCUAAAGAUGAAUCACAACCAUUACUUGGAAACACAAAUGUUGAACAGAAUAGUAUUCGUACCGUUCAAGAGUCCAAUGUAUCGCUAGAUGAAAAGGAUACUAUAUCGCUAGCCUCUAGUGUCAUUCCACCGUUAUCCACCAGAAAUUAUGAAACUACAGAAGGAAUCUUACCGGUCAGAUCUGAAAUAAAUGCUUAUAAUCCUCCAGUACCUCCAAGAAGCAAAGAUAGACCAAGAUCUAGGUUAUUUAUUAGAGGAGAAGAUGACGAAGAAUUUGAAGAUGACACAAUAGAGUCGUACAAGAAGAACACUGCAAUAGAUAUGAAUCAGCCAGCUGGUGUAUAUACUUCUAACAUCAGAGACAUUCAAGAACCAAGACUUCCCUAUAAUACAGCUACUUCAAUUGCAUCUGGGGUUACCAAUACUAAUUCAGAAAGUUAUUAUUCAGCGGCAAGCUAUGAAGACCCCGAAGUUGAGGAACAAGAAGCAAGUCAUAGCAGAGCAAGCACAAAUGAUGAAAUUUAUUUAUCACGAGCACUUCCUAACAUACCAGGUCCACAACGUGACGAAACUUUGAAAGUUCCUCCAUCUCAAGAAGCACCAAGAACUCCCAAAGUCAAAAACAAUCUCAAAAAUGUAUCAGCAUUGGAUAAGGCACAGCAAUAUGACGAUGAUGAUCAAUAUGAAGACAUUAAUGAUACAGUUCAAAGUAUUGAAAAUGAGGAUGAGUUACCAGAAAUACCAACAUCCAGACCGCAUCACAACAAAGAUAAAAAGAAAUCUCCAAAGAAGAAGAAGCAAACAAAGAGUGGCAUGGCGUCCUUUGAUAUCGAUACAUUAAAUCAAUUACUUAAUGUUACAAAGGGGACGCUGAUUGGUUCAGAAUUUAAUAACCUUGGGAUGAAGAUUGAGGAGAAAAGGGCAUUAGAAAAAUUAGUAGACUCAUUAUCUAGGUUAACAGCGGACAUGGUUUUAGAUCCAGAUCGUUUUCAAGAGGGGCUACGAAGAUUAGAAAAGGCAACAAAAGCCCUUGAUGGGUUUUAG